AUGGACCCAGCAUGGACCCAACAUGGAUCCAACAUGGAUCCAACAUGGACCCAGCAUGGACCCAACAUGGACCCAACAUGGACCCAACAUGGACCCAGCAUGGACCCAACAUGGAGCCAACAUGGACCCAACAUGGACCCAACAUGGACCCAACAUGGACCCAACAUGGACCCAACAUGGACCCAGCAUGGACCCAACAUGGACCCAGCAAGGACCCAACAUGGACCCAACAUGGACCCAACAUGGACCCAACAUGGACCCAACAUGGACCCAACAUGGACCCAACACGGACCCAACACGGACCCAACAUGGAUCCCUGAGGAACCACAGACCCGCAGAUUUGUAGUUCUUUCCCCGCAGAUUUAUUUUGUCGUUGCCCUGACCCUCACCCUCACCCUCACCCUCACCCUCACUCUCACCCUCACCCUCACCCUGACCCUGACCCUCACUCUCACCCUGACCCUGACCCUCACCCUCACCCUCACUCUCACUCUCACCCUCACCCUCACCCUCACCCUGACCCUCACCCUCACCCUCACCCUCACCCUCACCCUCACCCUCACUCUCACCCUCACCCUGACCCUCUCCCUCACCCUGACCCUCACCCUCACCCUCACCCUGACCCUCACCCUCACCCUCACCCUGACCCUCACCCUGACCCUCACUCUCACCCUCACCCUCACUCUCACCCUCACCCUCACCCUCACCCUCACCCUCACCCUGACCCUCACCCUCACCCUCACCCUCACCCUCACCCUGACCUCACUCUCACCCUCACCCUCACCCUCACCCUCACCCUCACCCUCACCCUCACCCUCACCCUCACCCUCACCCUCACCCUCACCCUCACCCUCACCCUCACCCUCACCCUCACCCUCACCCUCACCCUCACCCUCACCCUCACCCUGA